AGUUCCUCUGAGUUUCGGAUUCCGAGAGCAGCCAUAGUGGCCUGCGUCAAGCGUCAGACCGUUCGGGCCUUCGGGGACUCGUGACGGGCGAGUGACUGCAACUGCGCUUGUCGUCGGCCUGCUCAUCCUGCACCCUGGGUACGGGAUGCACCCCGAUUCCGGGCCGCCGCAGCUUUGCAUGGAAGCUACGGCCGGCGUGAGAGGUUGAUCGGGCCGAAAGCUAGCCCAUUCUAAAAUCCAGUCGCUGGGCUUGUUAUGCGAUCCUAAUAUCUUUUCUCCGAGGCCGAGCAGCCAGGAGAAGAGUGUGAAUUCUCAAGUUCUGUCGCUCAGAAAAAACGGGCGGCAAACCCUAGGCUGGUUACCGGCGGCGAUGGAGUCGGAGCUUGGCGGAGACUGCCUCGGCCACAAGAGGGUGGAUCCGGAGGGAGGCUCUAGCGGCGGGAAUGUCCGCGAGGGGAAAAACGGCCUCCACAGCUCCUCCAUGGAGAUGGAAGACGACGAGGACUGGGAGCCGGAACCGAAUCCUCUCGACCUCUACCGGGAAUGCUGGAUUGAGAGCUAUGGCUGUCACGGCAUCUCCUUCGAGGACGAGACUGAACGUCCCCCCAUGCGCAACACCGACGGGCCCAUAAUUUCCAACAGCUGUGCGCCCAUGUCAACCAUGCAGGUCUUGUACGUGAAGGUGACCCGGAUUACUGAAUCCCUGCAGUGGCCUCUCCAUGUGUAUGGCGUCAUCGCCGUGCGCGACUCCAUGGAUCACAAGCGCAACUUCCUCUUUCGCCGCAGCAGGGACCAGUGCCAAGCCCUCGCCUCGCUGCAGGAUGCAGUCUUGGAACUUACAGGUCCCAGCCGUGCAGUUCUGCUGAUAGACCCCCAUGCUUUUGAGAUCGACCUCAAAGUUAGAGGUGGAGAAUCAUCAUCUGAAGACAAGACUUUGAGCUACAACGCCUUUAUAUACAACAAUAUUGCUCACUGGAGCAAGGCCAGUUAUGCCAGAACAGAAGUGGUGCCGGACCAGAACAGCACCAUUGAGGUCAGGUUUGCACAUCUCGCUGAAGCUGUGGAAGCAACCAUCGAAGUCAUUGUCGUCAGCGGAUCGCGUGAUUUCAAGGCGCGUUUCACAGCUCGCACUGCGAGCAUUGAUGAGGACAUGGUUCUCCUGGAUUCCUAUGGUGAAAAGGUGGAUGUCACUGACAAUGGGAAAGUUGUGUUGAAGCGCCGGAUUGUCACCGUGGAUGAGAGGGGCAAGCUUCUUCUUGGUGUCGAGGCUGCAGAGAGCAACGGUGUUGUUGUGCAGAAUCAGAUAAAGUUGACACCGAGGUCUGCCUUGAGAAGCCAGGGCUAUUUUGAGCUUGGCUUCAGCAGGCUGCGCUUGACUGUCGCCUGGUCGUUGCUUCCGUAGGUAAGGUGUUUGAAGAUGCCAAUUAGUACCCUUCAUGGCUUCAUAAACUAGGUACCUAGUGUGAUCUGCUAACUAAUUAAGUU